CAAUAUCAACAAAGAAAUCAAAACAAACAAACGUGAAGCAUGCUGUUUUAAAUAAAAAAUAAUUAGUUAAGCUGGAAUACAAUGGAUAAACCAUUUAAAUUUACUUUACCCUCACCAAAUUUCAAUAAAAAUGCUAAAGAUGCCUGCAAACCAAAACCACACUUUCUUACUCCUUCGGGUAUGUCACUGUUACCACGUGAGAAACAACCGCCACCCAUGUAUGGUAAGCAUGGAGCAACAGUCCCACCCAGGUAUCUACAGCAACAGCGAGUUGUAAGUGAUAAAUCAACUAUAACGGACAACUCACCACCACCUCCGGAAAAGCAAUACUGUGAGCCUUGUGAAUUAGAGUUAAAUUCGAUGGAAGAUUUAAAACGCCAUCGGGCUCAACAUGAAAAAUGUCCAGUUGCGAGCUGUCUUUAUAAAGGUCAUCCCUCGGUAAUGGAUAAACAUGUAAAUGCACUUCAUGCCUCGGGAUUAUUUGAUAAAUUUAAAAAGCUUAGCACGCCAGAGGAAAUAGCUGCCUGGCGAGAUGAAAGACGCAAAAGGUAUCCUACACUAGCAAACGUUUUGUUAAAGCAAAAAGCACAAGAGCAAAGACAAAAACGUGGCGAACGUUUAGAGGCGAAUAAAAAUCGUUUUGGUAAACCGAACGAUAGAAAACGAGCACAACCCAAUGAUCCGGAAAAUGUUAAUGCUGUAGAGGAAAAAAAGCCCAGAGAAAAAGGCAAAUUAAACCAGAAAAAUAAUAAAAGAAAUCGCAAUAAAAAUAAACGUAAUCAAAAGAACAAUAAAAACAAUCAAGAAGUUAAACCGAAUGUACAAAAUAUAGCUAAAACUAAUAAUGAAAAGAAGGAAGAGGAAAAUGAUCUUGUAUGUGGAGGAAUAAAAAUGUUUACAGGAACUAGUCAAAUGAAGGAUUAUAAACAUUUUAAUGAUAAGAAGAAGUUGGUAACAAGUAAUGCUUUAUUUGGGCUAGUUGGAAUGUAUGGUUCCGAUGAUGAGGACGAUGAUAAUGACGAAUCGGAAGAAAAAGAAAGUGUUAGUGGUAAGAGCCUAAUAGAUCAAAUUGAUAUUACGGAGACUGAAAACGAUAAACUUGUAAUUAGUAGUUUUAUAAAGGAGAAUAUUGAAGUAAGUAGCGAAAAAGUACAGAAUAAAGAUAUCUCCGAAAAAAUACCAACAGAAGAUAACUCUUACUCACAGCAAGCUAACAAUACUAAUGAUAUUAACGAAGUUAAAACAGAUAGCAACAUGCGUUUAAAUGAAACGAAUCUUAUAGAAGGCGUAAAUGAAAAUUCUAUCCCUAAGGACAAUUCUUCCGACGAAGCUCCUGAAGAGACACCCAUACAACGAAGUAUACAAGACUAUCCAGUUAAAUCGUUAAACAAUCCAAAUAAUACUUCUACUAUGGAAACAGCAGAAAAGCGAAACAAUCAAACGGAGACAUCGCCUAGUAUAACUAAACCAAGACAAGCAGUUAAAAGAAAAACAGGUUUAGAUUAUCGUAAGGCUCGUUUGCGUAAACAAAACACUAUGUUGGAAAAAUUACUUGAAACGGAUAUAAGACAUGAGAGAAACGUAUUGUUACAGUGUGUACGUUAUGUAUUUGAAAAUAAUUACUUUGGCAUUGGUCAAAAUAAUCAAAAAAAGCCUGAUUAAAGAUAUUAGUUUAUUAAAAUA